AUGCGCAUCACUCAAAUUUUCUUGAUUUACGCAGUACUCAGCGUCGUUGAACUGCGUCGAAGGGCAUCAUGGUCAGAUUAUACAAUCCACGGCAGCUCCUCACCCUCGGGCGUAGAAGCCUCGGGCGAUCCUGAAUACUAUUCCUCUGGCUCCAAUACCUAUUACGUCGCUGAAUACCCCACCUACCAAUAUUCAAGCGGGUAUUACAGCUACUCAGCCGUCGACCAGCCGAGACCGUGCGACCUUGGCGGUAUCUCAAUGGACGAGGACGGCCACAUACGAUACAGCCAAGUGCCGGAAUUCCACGAGGGGUUUGACGAUCGGGUCGGGUGGCUGGGAUCGACAUUGAGCAUCCUUUCUGGCUAUCUGUAUCUCAAAAGGAGCCCAUUGAGUGGCAACGUCACAGUUGCCGUAAUGCUGACGUGCGCCUUUCGAUUCUACGCUGGACUAUCGAAGAUUUAUGACGUCGUUUGUUUAUGGACUUGGCACUGCGUAGCCGACCAAGCUGACGUGUUUUAUUGGGGGAUGGGGUUGAACACGAUAGUCGCUUCUCUGGAAAUGAGCUUCUACUAUUCGAUGCAUUUGGUUUUGCAUGGACUGACAAUCGAUCGCGCUAUUCUGGCAUUUUUUGGGUAUAAAAUCUACCAAUACGCAAAAUACUUGAUUUUGGCAUAUUAUAUUGUUGUAUGCAUCUUGCCUUUACCGUUGAUGUGGAUGAUGAUCGGAACAAUUGCCGAUGAUGAAAUGCACUGCUGGGGUGGCUUCUGGUAUGACCCAACCUACUUUGCGAUCACAAUCACAUUCUACCAAGACAACGAUAACCGUGUCCUUUUCGAAGAUCUUGGCAGCUGGGUGGUCUUAACAAUCGCGAUGACUUUGUUAGGUUUCUCAAACCUCUCGUUUUUCUUUGAUGAGCUGUUGGUUGGCGUGACUUCCGAUGCCUACGCCUUUGGGCGUAGCGACGUCGCCGCGAACAUUGCGAAAACGUAUCGCUACCACGCGAGCGUCGUUGUAACCGGGAUCCUCUUUGCUUGCUAUGGUUAUUCAUGCGGCGAUGUUGCUCCUCGGGCAAGGAAACCUGAUAUCACCACUAUCACGUCGAACAUGGUCACGAACAGCCACUUCAUCAAAGUUUCCUCAUUCGCUGCCCUGAAUCUCAAAAACCGUCGCGAGACCCAUAUGGCGAAAAACGCCGAGUAUACAAAUGUUACCGUGUUAACAACGACCCCUGCACUUCCCGAUUUGGAUGAUUACACUUUUAUCGACGAAAAUUUCUACGUCGCCACCACGGAGUGGACACCCUUGGAUUACGCCACAAAUCCUCCAUACAACUUUACCGGGAUUUUUGGCGAUUUUUAUCAAUCGAUCAGUUAUGUCGAUUGGCGUUGGUAUGAUCUUCUGACCUAUGAUCCGUUGGUCUGCAAGAAGGGGCCUGGUGAUGAGCAACACUUUGCAAGUGUCGAGGAUUUUCGGGUAGAGUACAAAUGGGAUGGGACGCCCUUUCACCAAGACUUGGGCCCUGAACACAUGGCCGACGAGCCCAGGAUUGCGGCCUCGAUGUUUGUGCUCGGCGUCAUCGGAAUGGGCUUGUCGGCGGCCUCUGGGUUUUUGGUGAUCAAAAACUCGAAGGUCUCGAAGGUCGUCCGGAUUGGGAUGAUAGCUGAUGCGUCAUGCCGCUUCAUCAACUCGUUGGCAAGAUUUUACUAUGGGAAAUGUUUGCUUGACUGGGGAUGCCUAAAAAGCGACGGCUAUCCAUUUUCCGGUAUCAUGUACAACAUGAUAUGGUCUACACUCGAUUACACCUCGUAUCUUACUAUGGGCUUAUUGCAGCACUGGAUUUCAGCCAUUCGUUUCUUCGCCGUGUUCGACGGCGGGAUGCAUUAUCGAAAAAUUGAGAAAUGGUCGGUGCUCUACAUUGCAAUACUCUGCUUGCUGUUAUGGUUAUAUUACAUGACGACGAUCGUCUCAGAACCAAAAACUGGAUACCUUUGCUACACCGGAUAUCAUUUUACGCCUGCAUAUUACUGGCGAACUUGCCGCUACCACAAAUCGGCGCUCUACCGAACUCUCUUCGACCUGGUCCCGGAAACCUUAGUGUUGAUCCAAGCCAUAACAUUGGCGUUGGACGUCAUUGCGUUGGCGACGGUCCGCAGAAAGAUGAAAAGUCGCCCUCGGCAAAACGACCUGAACAUGCGAUUUGCUACUAUGCUCGUCGCCACCAAUGCGCUAAUCUUCGGCAAACAAUUGGUGGGUGCCGCGACGAUGCGUGUCUCUUACCGCCCCCGUUCAACCUAUCUGGCAUCGUCGGUUUAUGAAUUCAUGCAUUGUGCCCUGAUCAGUUGUAUCAUCAUCACCUUCAACAUGUCUUAUCUUGAUGUGAAGCAAAGGAAUGAGCCCACCAGCUCGUCACUGUCCACGUCAUUCCAGACGACAACCACGAGGGUG